CGAAAAUACUGUGAUAAAAUGCAAGUAAUCAUCAAUAAAAUUCUAAAUUAUUGCCAGCAUCAAAAAGUUGUUAUGAUUCAACAAAACAAAACAAAAAAUAACAAAAGGACAUUGUUUGUUGUUAUGUGCAUACUUGCUUUUAAUUGAAAGAAAAGAUUCAUUGUGAUAAAUCACAGUUCUAAAUAAUUCCCCAGCACUACAAAUAAUUUAAAAAAAAUCAAUCUAAAAUUUCAACACAUCCCAGCAGUACCUCCCUGUUAAGGACAUCUGAUACAGGGCACGGGUUAAAGGCAGGUAUGAAGGGGCCCCUCUACCUUCUUUCACGCCUCCUGGCGCACCCAUCUGGCUUUGAAACGCCCCUGCAACCAAAUACCUGUACGUCUCCUCUGGGGUUUUUUGUGCUUCUGAACUCACCAGAGAGGCGUGUAACAAGAAAGAACGAUUCAUCUGGAGGAAUUUCUGAGAAAAUGUAAAUUUGAAAUAGUUUUCUGGACCUUCAGAGUGCACCGGAAGGGUACCGGCGGUUCUGAAGAGGCAGCAAAGACCGGGCGGGACCUGGUUCUACGAAUGUUUCACUGUGGAAGUGCUGCAAGGUGGAAGGACAUAACCGGACCAAAUGAGUCAGAAACUGGACCUGGUGGUUCGUUACUGUUUCUUGGACUGUCUCCUCACCCGGAGUAAAAACUCGUUCUCGGGGUAAAUAGGAGCAUAUGACUCCGAGAACGUUGGUUACAAACUUUAUUCACAGAAAAGUGAGUCAUCGGUGGGAGCAGCUCCAUUCACCGCUCAGGACACGGAAGCAACAGGUAAAGAAUCUGGUCUUCUUGUCAAUCACUCACUCUCUUCGUUCGUUAGUAAGUUAAUCAGUCAGCUAGUUAGUUAGUUAGUGACGGUAGCUUGGGGAAAUGGGGAACGUAAACAUCUUCCAGAGAAGGACGAGUGAGUAUGAGGAGCGGACGAGAAACACUGACAACAUUCCAGAAAUUUCUGUGAUUGAAGCCUCUCCCAAACCUGCAGAGGACUCUGUGUUCCAGCUGCCUGGGCCUGUAAACAGUAGUAGAACAGGCCAGGAACCUGGCACUUCUGAUGGACUCAGUCCCACUGACACUCUGGAGCUCCAGCAGAGCCCGCCAUCAUUGAGACAGAGGCAAUCCCAGCACGGACCCACUCAGCCUGGGCCAGACUGUGCGGAGGAUGAGGAACGGUUGGAGACGGCCAGUCUCACUGGAAGUGAUGGUAGUCACACCCCCAUAGGCAGCCGCGAACACUUCCUUCAGGUCAUGAUGGACUCUUCCCCUCAAGUGCGGAGAAGCCUGGUCCACCGCAGGUCGUUUCAACUGUCCUCCAAAGGGGACAGUGACUCUAUUUCCCAGGUGUCCUACAACCUGGAUGAAGACAGGACCGCUAUCACUCUGGAGCCACUGGAGCAUGAGUGGAUGAUGUGUGCUUCAGAUGGUAAUUGGGACAGUUUGCAACGCCUUCUUAGAGAAGAACCCAGCUUUGUCACCAGGAAAGAUUUUAUCACCGGGUUCACUUGCCUGCACUGGGCCGCUAAGUAUGGCAACCCUGAUCUCAUGGCACUGAUCAUUAACUUUGCCAAGCAACACAAUGUUCCAGUGAGCGUUGAUGUUCAGUCAAAUGCUGGCUACACGCCGCUGCACCUGGCUGCCAUGCACAACCACAUGGAGGUGGUGAAGCUUCUGGUUGGAGCUUACGAUGCUGAUGUGGAGGUCAGAGACUUCAGUGGGAGGAAGGCCAACCAUUAUAUCACCGACAGCUCCAGUGAUAUUAGGGACAUCAUUGGAACAUAUGAGCAGACAAACUCUGACAGAUCAGGGAGCUGCAGGGACAGGGGGCACUGGAGAUUCUCCAAGCCUCUCCUCCCUAAUGUAAAAAACUUAAGGCUCCUGAAUCCAGGUAAUUGGGACUCUGCGAGUGUCGACGGCAGAAAUGGAGAGAAGAUACGUCGGAGGACGUCUUCCCUCCGACUGAUGAAUCUCGGACUGCAAAGACUGCGCUCUAGGACUUCACAGAUCAUCCACAACACAGAGUUGGGUUUCGACUGAUGAUGAUUAUAAUUCAGUGCCAGGACUAAAUGUUUUGAAUGAGAUCUUUGGAUUAAACUGUAAUCAGUUACAAUUUAAAUAGUUGGAGUAUGACAUCCAGAGGUCAGUGAUAACCAACAAAACCUGCUGUGUAAAGUUCUCAGUACAGACUGUCACAGUUGACAUGGCUUGUGUUUACCUCAGACACUAGUAAACACACAUGCACAAACACACAGACACACACAUAAUGAGAGGGUGAACAAAGGGAGGGGGGGGGGGGGGUCCGGAAUCUGGCUGGUACUGAGGUGACAGCCAUGGUAAUUUCCUGUGGCAGAUUUCUGGGAAAGGCAUCAUUAAAGCUGCACUUCUGCCCACAGCUCUGAGAAAAACUGUUACAUAAAAACACAGCAGCACUCUACACUAUGUGGAAGCAGUGGGAAAAUGAUUGUGUUUUUGUGACACUGUUUUAGAAAAUGUUUUAUCUUGAAUGUCCAAUGUGCCCCCUGCACCCUCCACUAUAUACUUAAUUAACUUCUUUUUUUUGUCCUUAAUUUCUUUUGUGUAUCCUUUUGCAAAAUUAAAGACUAAUUGUUAGGUAAUGUUUCUUUA